GAAGAGAAGACUGGCAGGAUCCUCACUCCUACCUCUACCCACAGACAGUGCCUUUGGCGCACUGAGGUGCACAGGGUCCCUUAGCCGGGCGCAGGGCACGCAGCCCAGGCUGAGAUUCGCGGCUUCCGGCUUCCGUAGAAGUGAGCAUGGCUGGGCAGCGGGUGCUGCUUCUAGUGGGCUUCCUUCUCCCUGGGGUCCUGCUCUCAGAGGCUGCCAAAAUCCUGACAAUAUCUACAGUAGGUGGAAGCCAUUAUCUACUGAUGGACCGGGUUUCUCAGAUUCUUCAAGAUCACGGUCAUAACGUCACCAUGCUUAACCACAGAAGAGGUCCUUUUAUGCCAGAUUUUAAAAAGGAGGAAAAAUCAUAUCAAGUUAUCAGUUGGCUUGCACCUGAAGAUCAUCAAAGAGAAUUUAAGAAGAGUUUUGAUUUCUUUCUGGAAGAAACUUUAGGUGGCAGGCUGGAGUGUAAUGGCGCGAUCUCAGCUUACUGCAACCUCUGCCUCCAGGGUUCAAGCGAUUCUCCUGCCUCAGCCUCCGACUUGCAGAACUUCAUUGCCAAGUUUGGGGACUCUGGUUUUGUCCUUGUGACCUUGGGCUCCAUGGUGAACACCUGUCAGAAUCCGGAAAUCUUCAAGGAGAUGAACAAUGCCUUUGCCCACCUACCCCAAGGGGUGAUAUGGAAGUGUCAGUGUUCUCAUUGGCCUAAAGAUGUCCACCUGGCUGCAAAUGUGAAAACUGUGGACUGGCUUCCUCAGAGUGACCUCCUAGCUCACCCAAGCAUCCGUCUGUUUGUCACCCACGGCGGGCAGAAUAGCAUAAUGGAGGCCAUACAGCAUGGUGUGCCCAUGGUGGGGAUCCCUCUCUUUGGAGACCAGCCUGAAAACAUGGUCCGAGUAGAAGCCAAAAAGUUUGGUGUCUCUAUUCAGUUAAAGAGGCUCAAAGCAGAGACGUUGGCUCUUAAGAUGAAACAAAUCAUAGAGGACAAGAGAUACAAGUCUGCGGCAGUGGCUGCCAGCGUCAUCCUGCGCUCCCACCCGCUCAGCCCCACGCAGCGGCUGGUGGGCUGGAUUGACCACGUCCUCCAGACAGGGGGGGCAACGCACCUCAAGCCCUAUAUCUUCCAGCAGCCCUGGCAUGAGCAGUACCUGCUCGACGUUUUUGUGUUUCUGCUGGGGCUCACUCUGGGGACUCUAUGGCUUUGUGGGAAGCUGCUGGGCAUGGCUGUCUGGUGGCUGUGUGGGGCCAGAAAGGUGAAGGAGACAUAAGGCCAGGUGCAGCCUUGGCGGGGUCUGUUUGGUAGGUGAUGUCACCAUUUCUAGGGGGCUUCCCACUAGUUCUGGCAGCCCCAUUCUCUAGUCCUUCUAGUUAUCUCCUGUUUUCUUGAAGAACAGGAAAAAUGGCCCCAAAUCAUCCUCUCCACUUGCUAAUUUUGCCACAAAUUCAUCCUUACUGGCUCCUGCCUGCUGGCAGAAUUCUUUCCAGUCCUCUUGUCCUCCUUUGUUUGCCAUCAGCAAGGGCUGUGCUGUGAUUCUGUCUCUGAGUGACUUGGACCACUGACCCUCAGAUUUCCAGCCUUCAAAUCCACCUUCCUUCUCAUGCGCCUCUCCGAAUCUCACCCGACCGUUCCAGCCUCCAUGUCCAGAUCUUGUCAGCCUCUUUCCGUCACUCCUGCCCCUACCAUGUAUCAUGGAAUAAAAUCCAAGAAAGACA